AGAAAGGCUUAGAGCAAUAGCCCCAAAUUCUGCUCCGCACCUUCUUCUCUUCAGAUCUCUUCUUCUUACUUUCUUGACCAAGAGGAAAUUGUAGAGUAAGAGGAGAGAAAGCCAUCGGCUGCGGUGAAGGCAUGGUGGGAUCUUCUUCUUCUUCGACUUUGUCCUGCGACUCUUUCAGUUCUUGUGACGAAGCUACCGUCAAGGUCUGUAACACCGUCAAGUUCCUCUGCAGCUACGGCGGUAGAAUCCUGCCCCGUUAUCCCGACGGAAGGCUCCGUUUCGUCGGCGGCGAGAACCGCGUUCUCACCGUUGAUCGCUUCAUCCCCUUUUCAGGGCUUCAGGUGAAGUUGGGGAAGCUGUGCGGCUGGGAGAAGGUGAAUCUGAGGUGUCAACUUCCAACGGAGGAUCUCGAUGCGCUCGUUUCGAUAAGAUGUGAUGAGGAUCUUGCAAAUCUUAUAGAGGAGUACGAUCUCAUAACCCGGGAUCGUCGGUUCCCGAUAAAGAUCCGCGCCUUUCUCCACCCUACUGUAGCGAAAUCUCGGAAAUCUGUUAGUCCGCCGAGUACUUGCAUCUCACGAAUGAUGCCGGGGAAUAAAACUUCUUUCCAGUUUCCCGCCGCUCACACCGUCGUUGAUCAGUCCGUUCACAAGGGAACUUCACCGGCGAAGAAAUUCGUCCGAGCUGUUCAAUCCGGCAAUCGUCCCCGCUUACACGGAUACCCUAUGAAUGGGUGCCCUGCGAUGGCCCGCUACUGUAUGAUUCAUCAAGGCACUUACUGCCAGUAGUCCAAUCCCUGCCGAAAGGAUAAGGAUAUGAUUUUGUUUUUUUCAAGGUAACACAGCGACGGAAAUAUUUGGACUAUAAUUGCAAGCCAAAUUUGACCAUCAGUGGACUUUAAAUUUUCAUUUAAUAAUAUAACAUGAACAUAUUUAAAACUAUUUUUUCAGAACUAAAAUAUUUAAGUAAAUUUUAUGUAAAGGGGUAAUUUUACCUCCUACUAAACGUCUAAUUAUUAGGUGUGGAGGACAUA